UUCAGAGUUUAGCGAUCUUAAACCUAUCUGUAAUUACAUAAAUAACGCUUAUUAUGAACCAAAAGGCAUAAGAGUUAUUUUAAAAAUUGUGGAAGAAAAUAAAGAUUUUUUUAGCCAAAAUAUUAUUGAACGUGUUGUAAAUGAGCUCAAGAUUCAUUGCAAAGUCGGAAGUGAGAAUAGCAAUCAUCCGAAUAUUUGCCGGAUCCUAGGAGUUGCUGAAG